UGGAAAUUCAUAGAGGCAGCACAUCUAGGGUUUCGCUUCUUAAAGAGAAUAACUAGAGCUUUUGUUCUAUCUUUUACUCCGACGCUGUCUUCUCCAAACUCGAAGCGACAAUGCCGAAGCAAAUACACGAGAUCAAGGACUUCCUUCUGACGGCGAGGAGGAAGGAUGCUAGGUCUGUAAAGAUCAAGAGAAGCAAGGACAUUGUCAAGUUCAAGGUCAGGUGCUCCAAGUACCUCUACACACUUUGCGUUUUCGACCAAGAGAAGGCUGAUAAGCUCAAGCAGUCGCUUCCUCCAGGUUUGAGUGUUCAAGACCUUUGAACAUCUCUUCGAGUCUGAGAUAUCCGACCUGCGUUGAACCGGAGAUAGUAGUUUUUGAGUUAUUCUCUUUUGUUUUCAAGACUUGGAUUUGUAUUUUGCUGUAUGCUAUCCAUGUGGUUAGUAGCAUGUUUUAUUUAGAACAAAGCAUUCACAUCAAUUUACAUGAUUUUAUUUUCAAUGCA